UUUUUCCAAUGUUUCAAAUAAUCUUUGCCCAUUUUUUCCCCAACCGAGUAAGUUAAAAGUUUCCACCUUUGACAGCCCUGCAAAAACAAAUCCAUUUUAUGUUCAAUCCUCUUCGGUCAUUACAAAACUGUAGCACACUGUGCAUCUCACAUGUCUGCUGUAAGACCCGUGACUCCGAGCUCGUGUGACCUUAUCCGUAUGUGACGACAGUUGGGGACCAGUGAUGUCUUCAUAUAUAGAAAAAAAAGCCCAUUUCUGUACAAAAUUAACUACGCCAAGUAUAUCUUCAGUAUAUGGUAUUCCAGACAAUUUGAGCUCCAAAGAAAUGAGGGAAUUCAUCACAUCUCGGCGGCUCAUGAUGCAGGUAUUUUGGGUAUGUUUUAUAGUUGGAAGAGGAGAAGAAAUACAAGAGGGAAGAUGGGAACUUCUGGUCGAAAACGCGGGAGUUUCUGCAAUGCAUAUGACGCUCACUCACACUGACAAAGUCGUCAUCUUUGAUCAGACUCUGGCGGGUCCGUCCAAGAUGUUGAGAGCUGAUAUUUCCUGCAAUAAUCAAACAACCAACGGGACAGAAGAUUGCUGGGCACACUCCAUCGAGUACGACAUUGCAGCGAACAGUGUGAGACCUCUGCGCCUCCUCACCGACACUUUCUGUUCAUCCGGCGCCUUUGAUAGUACCGGCAGGCUCGUCCAGACUGGCGGGUGGAACAACGGGUACAGAGUCACCCGCUACUUCACUCCAUGUUCGGACUCGUCCUGCGACUGGGUCGAAUCUUCGACAUUGCUCUUCUCCAGAAGAUGGUAUGCUUCAGACCAGAUCUUGCCCGACGGUCGACUCAUCAUCGUGGGCGGGCGCAGGUCGUUUAAUUAUGAGUUUCUCCCCAAGCGACCCGGCGAGGGGAGCUUUCGACUACCCUUUCUGAUCCAAACCCACGACACAAACGAGGAGAACAACUUAUACCCAUUUCUCCAUCUCUCUUCCGACGGCAAUCUCUUCAUCUUCGCCAACAGGAAUUCCAUUCUCCUCGACUACAACCAAAACCGGGUCCUCAGAACUUUCCCCACCAUUCCAGGUGCCGGGUCAAGGAGCUACCCGAGCAGUGGGUCUUCCGUCAUGCUACCGCUCGACAAUGCAAACAAUUUCCAAAGGGUCGAGAUCAUGAUAUGCGGAGGCGCAGCCGACAGAGCCUUCACGAGGGCCCGAGAUGACCAGGCAUUUCUGCAAGCAUUACAGAGCUGCGGGAGAAUUGAGAUCACUUCCCCAAAUCCAGUGUGGCAAAUGGAGGAAAUGCCCGGGCCGAGGGUAAUGAACGACAUGCUCAUUCUCCCCACUGGUGAAAUCCUCAUAAUCAACGGCGCUGAACAGGGAUCUGCGGGCUAUCAGAAUGCGAGAGCACCUGCUCUGAGCCCAUUUCUCUACAGACCCACGCAAGCCAUGGCAAACCGGUUCAGCAUAUUGGGUUCGACAAAAAUCCCUCGAAUGUACCAUUCCACUGCAAAUGUUCUUCCAGACGGACGGGUUCUUGUGGGUGGAAGUAACUCCAACUUUGGCUACAAUUUCUCUGACGUGCCAUUCCCCACUGAACUUCGGAUCGAAGCAUACAUUCCUUACUACCUGCAUUCCUAUUAUGAUCCCAUAAGGCCGAGUAUUCUGUCUGUUUUUCCGCGGAAAAUUAACUACAGAUCUAAAUUCGUCGUGCGCUUCUCUGUUCAGAGACCACCCGGGGUUAACAUUCGUUUCCAUGUUUAUGCUCCUCCAUUCACCACGCAUUCGGUGUCGAUGAACCAGAGAAUGUUGUCUUUGGCGGCCACACCCGUUGCCCUGCGGAAUAGCUCGUAUUUGGUCGGUUUGAUGGCCCCACCAAACCCCGUGGUGGCUCCUUCUGGGUAUUAUUUGCUCACUGUUGUUAAUGGAGGUGUGCCCAGCAGAGCUGAAUGGAUUUGUUUUGUGAAUUAGAAACAAAAUUGACACUGCCCACUGCAAUCAAAUUGUUUUUGUUGGCAGGAUUAUAUGUUCAAUUGGGUUUGAGCAUUUUUGUAUAUGUUGGAGUUAUUGAACUUUUUUGUAUAUUUUGGAGUUAUUGUGGCAUCACAGGAAUAAAUGACAGAAGAGUAAUGGCAUUGUUAGGACCGUCCAGCAUGAGUCCAGAAGACAUGUCUGUCAAUCAUUUUCAGCUAGCUGUUGUAAUAAUGUAGCGAUGGAAUUGGUAUAAAGGAGGGGUAAGAAAGAAGUUGAGCUGAAGUACAUAGUGCAGGGCCCAUUUGUAACAUUUAAUAUAAGUAAAUUUAAUCUAUGUAAUGGUUAAAGUUGGAUACCAA